CUUGCCAAACCCUCCACCCACCCACCCUUGAAUCCUCGUUCAGCCAAAAAGUUCUUCACGACCAUCCGCCAAUUCGAUUGCCUGGUGAGCGCCAACAUCAUCAGGUAAGUUGUUAGACGACAAGAACGAAGAGACGAGUUCAAUACGCUGCGCUGCUCGAUGAUUCCCCAUCUCGAAGAACCCGCUGAUUGAGUUUCUCGCUCUUCUCUGUUCUCUCUGUCUCCGUCAAACAAGGACACUGGCUAACCACUUCGUCUUUUCUUCUCUCUUACAGAAACCGCAAUCAUGGGUAUCUCGCGUGACUCUCGACACAAGCGCUCCGCCUCCGGUGCCAAGCGUGCCUACUACCGGAAGAAGCGCGCUUUCGAGGCUGGUCGCCAGGGUGCCAACACCCGUAUUGGCCCCAAGCGCAUUCACACCGUCCGAACCCGAGGUGGUAACCACAAGUACCGUGCCCUCCGUCUCGACUCCGGCAACUUUGCCUGGGGCUCCGAGGGUCUGACCCGCAAGACCCGUGUCAUUGCCGUCGCCUACCACCCUUCCAACAACGAGCUUGUCCGAACAAACACCCUCACCAAGAGCGCCGUUGUCCAGGUUGAUGCCGCUCCCUUCCGACAGUGGUACGAGGCCCACUACGGCCAGGCCAUCGGCCGAAGACGUCAGAAGGCUCAGGCUGCCAAGGAGGGCAAGACUGAGGAGGAGGUGAAGAAGUCUAACGCUGUUGAGAAGAAGCAGGCCGCCCGUCUGUCUUCCCGCGGCAAGGUCGAGAGCGCCAUCGAGAAGCAGUUCGAGGCUGGUCGACUCUACGCCGUUGUUUCCAGCCGACCCGGUCAGUCUGGCCGCGUUGAUGGUUACAUUCUGGAGGGUGAGGAGCUGGCUUUCUACCAGCGUAAGCUCCACAAGUAAACUUGUCAAAAAAAAGCCACAUAAAGAACGAAAUGUCGGCCCCUGGUAUGGUGUUCAAGGAUUUCUCGCUGUCUUGAUGGUUAGGACAAGAUGAGCUUAACAUAACGCAUCGGAAUGGGUCCUUAGGGAAUGAAAAUUUUUCUUGCGCUGAAUUUACUUCAUGAUCAAGGUUUCUGCACUUGCACAACGUGACUUGAUGUUCUAUUGGGAGGGCUUGAAUGCCGAAUCUAAAAAGUGUUUCAUUCAUUCUAUAUGGGGUAUGUGUAGACGGGAUAAGUCAACUACUAUGCCCUCGCAGACCACAAAAGGCUGAGUGUACUUUAGCAUAUUGCACCACUGUCAAUGCUGUACAACAGUUCUCAUCGUGAACAGUAGCAAAAUACGGGAAUCGAUGCCGCUAUUGUCUUAUUCCCAGUAUACUGUCAUUACAAAUGCCUAAUCCGACAUUUUCAGCAAGCUAGCCAACAGGGCCAACUGCAGUAAGCUAAAAGUGGAAU